UGAAUUACAAACUAAACAAACGAAGGUUGGCGGCAGGAAAAAAACAUGAAACUGAACUCAGAUCCCAUACGCUUCCCUGUUAGUAUAUAGGAAGAGCAAAGAAUCGCUCAGAGAAGCCGAGUUUACUUUUCAGCGUUCGUUAUGGCAGAACGUCCCGGCAGAUAGACUUCUGUAGCAUUGUCUGUGGCCGACCAGCACAAUGAUGCCUUUGGCUCUGCUCAAACCCAGCGCAGACUUGGACAAACCAUCCAGCUCCUUAGGGCUCCUGUCCAGCGGUGCAGGACUGAAUCUUGAGAACCGGGUGCUGGCUCAGGCCCCGGAGGUGCUCUCGGGCCCCUGCCUGGCGCUCUCGGGCCCCCGCCUGGCGCUUGCCCUGCAGCACGGCUGUGCGUCCCCAUCAUGGGCGAUCGAGGCUGGCUCGCCCGCCCUGCAGCCCACGUGGCUGUCCUCCACCGCCGCCUCCUCGCCGCUGCUCUCUCCCCAGCCCCUCCUCAGCAGCCCUCAGCACCUCGUUUCACAUGCACUGGCGCCACGGCUGCUCUCCUCCUCUGUCCUCCGAGCUUCUGACAAAACCUGUGUCCUGCUGCGGCCCACCUCCUCCUCAUCUGUGCAUUUGGCCCCUGCUGAGUCAGUGGUAGAAGAAGAAGAAGAAGAAGUAGGAGGUGGAGGAAGAGGAGAAGAGAUGCCAGUUAUAAAUGAAGACUUGAAGUGUGCGACUGAAGUUUACAGUGGGGACCCCACUGAGGCGUCCACAGCAAAGCCUGUUCCAGAGGAAGAGGAGGACCUUCCUGGGCUGCAUGAGGAGGAUUUUGGGGAGGUUGAGGAGGUCAAUGACCAAUUGGAGGAAGAGCUGAAGGAUAAAAAGUACCUGUUGCUGAAUGCCGUCUGCCUCUCCCUGGUGAUGAAAAACACACCCCCGGGGGAGCAAGACUGGGACAAGAAGGAGACUUUGUGGACAAAUAUGAAGGGCCUGGUAGAGGAGGUGUCUCAGCAAGACUCCCAGUUCUUACUCAAAGUGGCGGUGUACACUCGGCAGGAAUUGAAUAUUCGCCUUACAGCCAACUUCCUGCUGGCGUUGGCAGCACACCUGCCCGCCACAAAGCCGCACCUGCGCCGGUAUUUCUGUGCAGCAGUGCAGCUGCCCUCUGAUUGGCUGGAGGUGAUAAGGCUUUACAGUAAGUGUUUCAGCCAGGCCCUGCCCACGUGUCUGAAGAAGGCCCUGACGGAUAAAUUUAAGCAGUUUACAGAAUAUCAGCUGGCCAAGUACAACACACGCGGGCAACGGAACAAGCACUACCGGGGCAAAGUGGCAGUGACCAAGAAACCUUCUUUGAAGAAGUGGGCAAGCUGGGCCAAAGAUCUGAAGUCUGAUCCAGUGACGCUGAAGAAAUUUAUCGAAGCAAUGGAGCACAAAGCAGUGGAUAAAGGCGCCAGCGUCUUCAGCUUGAAGAAGAUGAUCCAGAGGCUGCAUAUCAGUGAGCCGGCUGAGCACGUCAUGGCCGUCCUGGGGAAGAGGUACCCGAAGGAUGCCAAGGAGUUCAUUCACAGCGGCCUGAAGGGCACCUGGGAUCCGGAUCGGGCCGGACAGCGCAUGAAACUGGUGCAGCCCGACACCUGGGAGAGGAUGCUGAGUCAGGAGGGGAACCAGGCGAAAACCUGGGCCAGACUCAUAGACAGUAGGGCCCUUCCCUUCAUGGCCAUGCUGAGGAACAUCAGAAACCUGAUCACCAGCGGCAUCAGUAAGAAACACCACCAGAAGAUUUUGGCGCGGCUGAUCAAUAAGGAGUCCGUGGUUAAAAGCAGACAGUUCCCCUUCCGCUUCCUCGCCGCCUACAAGGUGGUCAUGGACCUCUGUGACUCAGUGAAGCCGCGCAGAAAGGCCGUGGUGCUGGGCAGCGUCCUGAACAAGAUGCCGAGGACCAAGGAGUUCAAGGAGCUGGACUGGCAGACGGCCAAGCGCAGUGAGAGGAGACGGGCGCUGGCCGUGCCCUUCGUCUACCGCAUGUACCGCAUGAAGAGGAAGCGGCUUGACUUGGCCAGGCGAUACAGCUGGAACCUGCUGCAGCAGUACCUGCAGGCCCUGGAGACGGCGAUCCAGAUCUCGUGCCGGCAUAACGUGCCCCUGCUCCCGGGCCGGACCCUGAUCUUCUGCUCCGCCUACGCCAGUGAGAGCAGCAAGUGGCGUGGCGGGCAAGACUUCUGCCUUCCGGUUUCGCAGAAGGACCCAGAAGCAGAACAGGAAACUCCAUCCAGUGUCACUGCCCAGCAGAUGACAGUGUUGCUAGCAUUAAUGAUAGCCCACCGCAGUGAGGAUGCUCAACUGUAUCUCGGGAGCUACAGCGGUCUUAAGGAGGUCAAACUCAAGUCUGACGUGCUUUUGGAGAACGUGCCGCAUGUGAUGGAGCAAAUGGAGCUGGACCAGGAUGAUUUAGUUUCGACUCCAAAUUUCUUUGCUGAGAUGAAGGCACAGAAGACGAAGGUAGACACGAUAAUAUGCUUUGAUGACGUUCCUGAAGUGUGCCAAAGUAUUUCGAAAUACGUUAGUCAAACGGACAAUGACACCCUAGUUGUCAGCAUGUAUCUUAGAAAAAAGCCCACCGUCUGGACUGCGAGCAAAGAGCGAAACUGGAUAAGCCUCCAUGGAUUCAGCGAACAGAUCCUCAAGUUUGUGGCAGAAAGAGGCUCAUCUCGGCUUCUGGACCACGUGGAUCAUAUGGACAAGGUCCACAAUGUCCCCCCGCCUGCGGACGGGAGAGAUCGGGUUCGACGAGGCCCCACGCUCACCCCCAUUCCCGCCACCCCAAAACUACGGUGGCAAGGGGUGCGGGUGUUCGUGUCCUCCACUUUCCGGGACAUGCACAGCGAGCGCGACGUGCUGGUCCGCAGCGUCUUCCCAGAGCUCCGGCGCAGGGCUGCCCCCUACGGCCUCUGGGUGCACGAGGUGGACCUGCGCUGGGGCGUGACGGAAGAGGAGGCCAGCCGCGCCGCCCAGCUCUGCCUGGCCGAGGUCUGCCGCAGCCAGCUGCUGCUGGGCGUUCUGGGAGAGCGGUAUGGUGUGGUGCCCCCACGGCCGGCUCUGCCAGACCUGCCGCAGUACCGUUGGCUGGAAUCCACCUCGCCUGGGCUGUCCAUCACCGAAAUGGAGAUCCGUCAGUUCGAGGCCGUCCACUCGGACUCUGCUCAGACUCGCAUGCUGUUCUACUUCCGGUCCCCACACAUUUCCAAGUCCGUCCCUGUGGCAUGGCGGGCCGAAUUUGCUGCAGAGUCCAGUGAGGCUGAAUCCAAAAUGUCAGACCUUAAAAGCAGAAUACUCUCUAAAGGAAUAAAAGUGACCACAGAUUACCCUUGUGAAUGGGCUGGUGUUCAGGAUGGAAAACCCCAUCUGAAGGGUCUGGAGGAGUUUGAGAGGGCGGUGGUUGAAGACCUGUGGCAAGCUUUGCUGAGGCUCUACGUUGAGGAUGUGGACGAAAUAGCCCCCAUGUCGGAGGUCUCAGAGCAGGAGUCCUAUCAGGAGGCCCAGCAGAGGCAGUGUCAUGGGCGGGGCAAGCUGGUCGCCGCGGCAAUAUCAAACGUUCAGGAAGCUCAGGGCAGAGGUGGCUGGGGGCUGGUGCUAGUGGAAGGAGGUCCAGGAGAUGGAAAGACUGUGUUUAUGGCUGCAUUGGCUGAUGCCCUGAGGACUAGCCAAUCCAAAGAAGGCUCUGAAUGUGAUGUAAUUUCCUAUUUCACUGCUGCCAGCCCGACCGCUUACAAAGUAGAGCAGUUACUGCGCUGCCUCAUCUGUUGCCUGAGGAAGAGGUUGGGAAAGCAUGACGAUGAGGUUUCGCUCCGUACUAAUUAUAAAGGCCUGUUGACGGAAUUCCACUCUCUGCUUGGUACGUUUGACCAUGCCAAGAGUAGCCAAACACUUGCCUUGCUGAUCGAUGGGGCGGACUUAGUUCAAGAUGCCAGAGGGCAGCUAGUAUCUGAUUGGAUACCGCUGUGCCUCCCUCAGGGCGUGUCUGUCGUAUUGAGCGUCACAUCAAACUCGGUCCUCCGGGAAACCCUGGCCAAGAAGAAGGGGACCAUCCUGUUUCCCAUGGGACACCUGUCUCUGCUUGAUAAAAAGGAGAUUGUUCAGAAAGAGCUGGCUGUGUAUGGGAAGAAGCUUAGCGGGGCGGCUUUUAAUAACCAGCUGCAGACCCUGUUGAUGAAGAAAGGGUCCAUCAGUCCGUUAUACCUGCAUCUCGCCUGUGAGGAGCUGAGGAGCUUCGCUGUCUUUGAAAAGAUGAAGGAGAGCCUGCAGUCUCUUCCUCAGUCGCUGAGCGCGCUUGCUCGACAUUGUCUUUCCCGGAUGGAGUCCCAGUACAGAGGAGUGGGACUGGCCUGGACCAUGGGGGCUCUGGCCGUCAGCAGCACAGGCCUGAGGGAGGGAGACCUGCAUGCCCUACUGAGCAUGUGCAGUGAGCUGUCGACAGGAAGUGAGCCGGUCACAUGGGGCAGAAUGCUUCACCUGGCCAGGAAGCCACAGCAGCCCCUGCCCAUGGCCGUCUUCUCUCAGCUAUUCCGGACUUUACAGAGUCUGAUUGGCCAGUCCCUCUGCCAAGGGCCAGACGACCGGCUCACAUUGUCCAAUCCGGAGAUCAGAUUGGCCUUCGAGGACCUCUUUCUGUCAAAAGAGGUUGACAGGUCCAGAGCUCACAGCUUACUGGCAGCACACCUCUGGGCGCUCUCUGACCCGCACGGGACGGACACCUUCCUGUACGGUGAUGUGGAUGCUCUUGACCACCUGCUUCCCCAUUUGGUGAGCGGUGGCCACCGGGAGGCGCUGCGGUCCCUGCUCUCCAACUUCGACUUCCUGUAUGCCAACGUGCGGCACGGUCACCUACACCAGCUGCUGGAGACGUACAGAGAGUUCGCAUUAACGCAGGGAGGUGAGGGCAGUGACUCAGAAAUGACAGCAGAGUCGCGUGAAUACAGUGAAUUCUCAGCCGUUGUCCCUGGCAACCUGGAAGCGUGCCACGACUUCCUGCUGCGCAACGCGGCCCUCCUGUCCCGGUGGCCGGCCCUCUUCCUGCAGGGGGCGCUAAAUGAGCCGACAGGCGGAGCUCCCAACGUUUGGGCCGAAGGCGUCUUGAGAAGGGGGCGUCGGCAAGCGGGCGGAGGGAUGCGUGUGAUGAGGUGGCGGAACAAACCGGAACAUCUGCAGAGAGAGACCAGUCAGCUGCUGUCCACUUUCCUGUCCAAGCCCACCUGUGUGGCCGUGAGUCCCUCCGCCACGGUCGUGGCUGUGGGCGCUGCACAGGGCUCUCUCUACGUCCUUGACUCGGAGACAGCACAGGAAUUGAGGUGGCUUUUCAGCAGUGGUGAUGGCAUUUCCAGCUGCAUCUUCCUGGAUGAGAGGCUCCUGGGUUCCACCACUUUCGAUGGACAGAUAGAAAUAUGGGACAUUACCAGCGGCUGUAGGGUUGUCCAUGUUGAUGCACACUCCCACUGGAUUACAGGAAGUGAUGUCAGUGCAGACAAGAAACACUUUGCCACAGUCUCUUUGGAUUUAAACCUUAAGGUGUGGACAUGUCAAACAGGAAAACUCGCUGCCACGCUCACAAACCCCUCUCCGCUGAACUGUGUAACCUUCCACUCCGAGGGACAGAUUCUGGCAGUCGGGGGCUGGGAUGGGGGGGUGCGUCUGUGGAACUGGCUCACUGGGGAGAUCACUGCUACACUGUCCGGCCACCAACAGUCUGUGCGAACUCUGUGCUUCUCUCCCAGCACGGCCCACCUCUCCUCCGGAUCCCUGUCUGGGGAAGUGCGGAUGUGGUCCCUCCCAUCCAACGCUUGUGUGGGCUGCUACCAGGCUCACCGGGGAUCGACGGAGGUGCUCAGCUUUGUGCAGGAGGGGCGGAUGCUGCUCAGUGGGGGAGCUGACAGCAUGGUCCAGCUUUGGUCAGGGGUUCUUGGAAGGUUCCUGUGUCAGCUCGGAGAAGAAAAGACGAGUUCCGAUCACUCCACACUGUCCGAAUCCCAAGCCCUUUGUUUGUCCGCUGCUGGGGGUCAUGUGGCUGUAGGUUACCAUGGCAAUGGCCUAAAGUUGUUUUUGGAGGAGUCGGGUGAGAUGCUUUGGACCAGUGAGAAAUUCAGCGAGUCUGUGCAGUGCCUUGCGUGGAUCGGGACCCAAAAGGAGGCGGAGCUUUUGGUUACAGGGGGUGGAGACAAACUGAUGAGGAUGUGGAAGCGGAUGGAGGCCAGUCUGGAGCUGCAAGGCUGUUUUGGGACACAGCAGGGAGCCGUCGUUGCCAUGGCGCAGUCCCCGUCCCUCCUGGCUUCUGCCUCAGAGGACUUCACCAUUGCUCUGUGGUCAUUGGGCGAUUUGGCUGAGAAUCCCUCCAGUCCCAGUGUUGUAUCUCUCCUGCGAGGGCACCAAGGGGGGGUCACAUGUCUCAGCUUCAGCCCCAGUGGGGAUAAGCUUCUGUCAGGAGGCAAAGACCAGGCUCUCCUGGUUUGGGACGUUGAUUCCCCCCAUCCCACUCUCUCCCAGUCCUUACUGCACUGUCAUGGGGACUGGAUCACUGGCUGUGCCUGGACCGCGGACCAUGUGGCGAGCUGCUCUGUGGACUGCAGGGUGCGUCUGUGGGACCUAACGAGGGGUCAGUCAGUGCGGGAAUUUCUGGGGAGCGUGUCCCUGACUUCGGUCUGCAGUGUGGGACAGUUCAUAAUGGCGGCAUCCAGUGGCGGCGAGCUACUGCUGUGGAACUGGAAGUCGGGGGUGGAGGUUACCCGGAUCCCCGCGCACCAUUCGAAAAUCCAUCAGUGCGGCGUGCUGCAUUCCACUGAUACUGGUGUGGAUCACGAGGUCAAGGAGGAGGAUUUGCUUGUUGCCACGGCAUCAGAAGACGGGACAGUGAAACUAUGGCAGCCUUUUCAGGUGCAACAUCACGGCACUCUUACGGGUCACAGCCGAGGUGUUCAGGGUGCAGCCAGAAUGCUGGAUGGGGUCCAAGCAGUGCUAACCAUUUCUGAAGAUUGUUCUCUAAGGUCCUGGGCCCUGGACAUAGCAGCGGAGAACUCCGCCGACAAGAACGGGGCUGUUGUGGGUCUGUGUCUGUCCCCCUGCGGUCGCCUGGUGUUGCUGGGUUUCGACACCGGCAGAGUGGCGCUGUGGCACGAGAACACUCUGCUGUGCCGCAGACGGGUAACGGACCACAUGCUGCUGGCGAUGACGUUCAUGACGGAGGAGAAGUUUGCCGUGAGCUCUCUGGACGGCUCGGUCUCUGUGUGGAGAGUGGACUGGAAUCCCCAGCUCAGCUCGGCAAGGAUGUGUCAGGCGUCCACUGUCCAGUUAAGCAGCCCUGCACUGAGUUUAUUCGGCAGCGAUGUGCUGGUGUGCAUCUGUCUGGAUGACGGUGUCCAUGGUGUCCAUGGCGAUGAGACGCUGGAGCAGUUCUAUUUUGGUAGCUGGAUACACGGCAACCAUGUUCUCUGUACAAAAGCCAACAAUGUGAUGAGCGCCUGGAUUCUGACGGAGAGUUCUAAUUCCCCCGGGCUGAGCUUUUUGUUUUUCGUGGCCUCCGCUGAUGGCUACUCUGGCUCUAUUUCCAAUACUGACAUCGAGGAUGAGGAGACCAGUGACGCCAACACCGACGGCGCUUACAUGUCAGCGGGCGCGUGGGAUGGAGAGUUUGUUGUGUAUGGAGACUCCAAGGGGAAUAUCUGGUUCAACACGCCACCAAGACUAAUGUGCUGGACCAAGAAGAGACGGGUACACGGGGGCCGAGUGAACAUUUUAAAAAUUACGGACACCACGAUCAUCUCUGCAUCUUCCGACUGCACCGUCAAACUGUGGGAGCGACAGACCAAGAAACAGGUUGGUCUCUUUGAUUGUAAGAGUCCCAUUGUCAGCCUUGAGGUAAAUCCCUGCCACCCCACCGAGCUUGUCUGCGGGGAUGAGCACGGCCGGCUGUACUGGCUCUCGUGGGGAGAGUGACCGUCACAUGCACACGCCCACGUGCAUGCACACACGCCAAGAGAACUCAAGAGCUGGGAUUAAUUGCAAUGUUAUUCUUGAGUAUGUUAUGUAUUUCUCAAUUAAGUUAAUAUACAGUGAAAGCUGUCUAUUAUAAACUAACACUCGAUCUAUUUAAAUUUUCUCCAUUUUUUGCAAAUUUAAUAAGUCAUAGAGCACAUAAUAGCAAUAAUGUUUAUCUAAUUUCUAAGGCAUGCACUGACAGUAAGAAUAAACGUAUUUCAUUGACUGGUGUAAUAAUUUAAUUUGUGAAGGCCAGGAAUGACAUGAGAUUUUUUUUAAAAGCUGGAGAGCUUUAAAGCAUGUGAUUUUGCUAGAACUAGAAAGAUUAUCUUGCCUUUGAUGUGCUGCUAUUACGUCACUAUUAGAAAUAAAUAUCACUGGUUACAGGAAAUUC